AUGGUUCGUUCAGUCUUUCCAGACCUACCCAUACCACAGACGGAUGUUUUGUCUUAUGCACUGGGAGACAACAUCUCGAAAGACCCGAUAUGGAUCGAUGCGGAAGAUCCAUCACGAGCGCUCUCUUUGCAUGACCUUCGGUCCUGGGUUCGGCGGCUGGCUAUCUCCUUGAAAAGACAUCAGCUCCAGCAUGGUGAUGUAGUCCUAGUAUUCACGCCUAAUCACAUUUUUGUGCCUGUAGCAUAUUUUGGCGUUACUUCUUAUGGUGCUGUAUUUACAGGAGCAAAUCCUGCCUACACCGUCGGAGAGUUGAGCAAUUUGAUGCGUGACACGGGGGCGAAGCUCGUUCUUCUCCAUCCGAGUCUUGCUGAGACGGCCAUCAAAUCGGCCAAGGAAGUCGGGCUACCACUGGAAUGCCUCAUGUUGUUCUCUGACCGCCCAGUUCAGCCUGUCAGAGGCUUGGUCGAUUGGUUUUCCAUACUUCCUCCUGAGACAGAGUGUGAAUGUGGGCAACUGGCACCAUUUGAUUCAAGCGCGUCGAAGACUCGAGCUGCAAGUCUAAAUUAUUCAUCAGGUACAACUGGACUUCCCAAGGGUGUCUACGUAUCCCAUCAUGCUUUGAUAGCAAACUCUGAGCAGAUCAUCUUUAUGAGAGACUAUGGGAAGCCUUAUAGCGCGCGAAACCGGCCCGAGGAGCGAUGGGUCGGCUUUUUGCCCCUUUAUCAUGCCUAUGGUCAAGUGUAUAACAUCCUGAUGGCAGCAAAACUGAGAACUAAAGUCUUCGUCAUGAAGACUUUCAAUUACGAAAGAUUCUUAUGGGUUGUACAGACGUACAAAAUCACGCACCUUCAGAUCGCCCCUCCCAUUAUGAUCAUGCUCAACAAGCGACCUGAGACAGAAAAGUAUGAUCUGUCGUCCGUGAUCGACGUUCUCUGUGGAGCUGCACCCUUGUCCAUGGCCCUUCAGAAUGAGGUCACCAAGAAAUUCGGGUUCACAAUAAGGCAGGGCUGGGGGAUGACUGAAGUAACUUGUGGUGGGCUGAAUAUGCCUGCCGAUCUCUGCAGCCAGACAGGAAGCGUCGGAAUGCUUCAUCCGAACUCAUUCUGUAAACUGGUGGACGACAUGGGAAAUGAGGUUGGCCCAGGAGAACGGGGAGAGCUGUAUUAUAAGGGCCCCAAUGUUGCUCUGGGGUAUUGGAGAAACCCAGCUGCCACGAAAGAGGCAUUUUCGGACGAUGGCUGGCUGAAGACCGGGGACAUCGCUGUGAUGGACCACAAAGGGAUGGUUUGGAUAGUGGAUCGGAAAAAGGAGUUGAUCAAAGUAAGCGGACUCCAGGUGGCCCCCGCGGAGCUAGAAGCCAUACUCCUCCAGCAUGAUGAUAUUGCCGAUGCUGCCGUCGUGGGCAUAACCUCUGGAGAAGAAGAAUUCCCAAGGGCUUAUGUGGUGCUGAAAGACAUGAACCCUGAACAUCGUCCUACAGAGCGAUCGAUUCAAUCCUGGGUUGAAGAAAGAGUGGCCAAGCACAAAAGGCUUCAGGGAGGUGUGGCUUUUGUUAAGGAAAUACCAAAACUAGCAAGUGGGAAGAUCCAAAGAAAGACGAUGAGAGAAUGGGCCAAGCAAGAUGCCAAACUGCUGGCGACUAAUAUCAAACACAGGCUAUAG